AUGCCUCGCAAUGGUGAUGGGCCUAUGAAGGUGCUCUGUGUGGCCGAGAAGCCGUCGAUAGCAAAAGCUGUGGCGAACCAUCUUGGAGGAGGUCAAGUUAACACACGCAAUAUACAAGGCAACGUUUAUGUCAAGAACUUUGAGUUUCAAUACAGCUUCCCGACAUGGGGAAAUUGCAACGUGACCAUGACCUCUGUCCUGGGCCAUCUCCUCAGCCAUGAUUUCGACCCUCGCUACAAGAUCUGGAGAGACUGUGAGCCGUCUGAUCUCUUCGACGCACAGAUCUUGACAUUCGUGGAGGAGGGCAAGAAGGGUGUCGCCAGCAAUAUCGAGCGCCAAGCUCGAGAUGCCAAAUAUCUCUUCAUCUGGACAGAUUGUGACCGCGAAGGCGAGAAUAUCGGAGCAGAGAUCCGACACGAAGCUCUCAAAGGGAACAGAAGUCUCAGCGAUCCCGGAAAGACAGUACGCGCUCGAUUCUCGAACAUAGAGAGAGCUCAUAUCAUCAAUGCAGCGCGGAAUCCAGUCACCCUUGACGAGGCACAGUCAAAUGCCGUAGCGUCUCGUAUUGAGCUCGAUCUGCGCAUUGGUGCCAGCUUCACGCGCAACCUCACACUUAGUGUCCAGCCCAUGAUACAUCAGCACUUCCGCAACAAAGACCAAGGCGUCAUCAGCUAUGGAAGCUGUCAAUUCCCGACCCUCGGCUUUGUGGUGGAGCGCUACUUGCGUGUACGUAACUUUGUGCCGGAAACAUUCUGGACAAUCAAGCUCAUGCACGAGAAGGACGGCAUCAAAGUCAACUUCCGAUGGGCUCGUAACCACCUCUUUGACCGCAUGGUCGCCGUGAUCUUAUUCGAGCGAUGCCUGACAUCCAAGACCGCGCAAGUGAUGAAAGUUCAGACAAAACCGACGAGUAAGUGGAAGCCAUUGCCUCUCACCACAGUCGAGCUGCAGAAAUGCGGUAGCAGAUUCCUGUAUCUGGAUAGUCAUCGAGUCAUGCAACUGGCAGAAGCACUCUAUCAGAAAGGAUGGAUCAGCUAUCCACGUACCGAGACUGACCAGUUCGAUUGUGGGAUGGACCUGCGAGCAUUAGUCCAGAAGCAAAGACAAGGAGGGCCAUGGGCGCAAUUCGCACGUGGACUCGUGAACGGUGGCUUCUCUGCUCCUCGCAAUGGGCGAAACAACGACAAGGCACAUCCUCCUAUCCACCCGGUCAAUUUUGUCGCACCAGAGCAGCUCUCGCCGGAGGAGCAGCGAGUACAUGAGUUUGUGGUACGGCGCUUCCUUGCGUGUUGCAGCGAGGAUGCCAGAGGCUCAAAAACGGACAUUAGUCUGCUAUAUGGUAGCGAGACUUUCAACACCUCAGGUCUUGUGGUACUGGCGAGGAACUACCUCGAUGUCUACCGCUACGAUAGAUGGACCAGCAGCCAAGAUCUACCAGAUUUCCGGGAGGGGGACGUUCUCGAGCCUACAGAAGCUCGCAUUCAUGAAGGCAAAACCAGUCCUCCAGGCUACCUGACUGAGCCGGAACUGAUUGCGCUCAUGGAUGCCAAUGGUAUCGGGACAGAUGCUACCAUGGCCGAGCACAUUUCAAAGAUCAAAGAGCGCAAUUACGCCACCACCCGCCCUCGAGCCCGACCGCCCAGACAGAAUAACGAAGAUGACGAUGAGGACUCUGGUCCCGAUGUACCGCCAGCUGCUCAACCUGAUAGAGGUCGUGGUCGAGGACGUGGACGUGGGCGCGGCGGUCGUGGUGUUGGUGGUACCAAUACCCGGGGCGGCGGCGGGACUAGCGGCGUGCAAGAAUUCAUACCAACCACUCUGGGCGUGGCACUCGUCGAAGGAUAUGAGAAUAUGGGCUUCGACAUAAGCCUCACUAAGCCGUUCUUGCGGAAAGAGAUGGAGUUGAAGAUGAAGGCCAUAUGUGAAGGGCGUAAGACUAAGGCUGAGGUGGUGCAUGAGACUAUCGAGCAAUAUCGUGAUGUCUAUGUACGAACACAACAGCGGCUCGAUGCACUUCGAGCGGCCGUUCGCAAGUACUGCUUCAGCGAGAACGGGUGA